CCGAACAAUGUAUAUGAUACGAGGGUAAUUCAGAAUACUUAGUAUGCCAAAAAUCCAGCCAAGAAGCCUGCUAUGGAGGCGACACUGUAGUUUCGUACUCACUAGCCCGUGAGUCACAGCAAAGGUACGCAGCCAUUCAUUCGCGUAAGCUUCUUUGUUAUCGGGACGCUCGUAUUUCAAUCACGUGCGUCUGUGUCACGUCAGAUAUAGCCUCCGGUUACUGACGGCUUCGUGUCCAUAAACACGUACAGGCGCUACUGCCACGUUCAAUAGGAAUGGGUUACAAGACUUUCAUCUGGAUUGUAUGAUACUAUCUGAUGAGAGUUCUAGAAGUGACAGGAAUGACAUAACGGCUAGUAACAUUACGACUUGGUUAAUCGAGAUGGAAUCAUCUGAGGGAAAGGAUUACUCGGAGCCCGUAGCAGAUAAUACAGAUAGCCAACUGGUGCCUUUCAACCAAGCUGUGCAGCAGUACCUCCCGUGUGCACAUCAGGCAUGUACCGCCGUCGCAGUACCGUAUGGACCCCCUCCAGUUUACAACGUGUACAACAUCAGUAACCCUGUUGGGAUACAGAUACAAAGUGAGGGGAGUUCUAUGACAGUGGACGGGAAGGAUGUUGCCAAGAAGGUCGAGAGCACCAAACACACAGCAACACAGACAGUGCCAGAAUUCUUCUGCAGAGAAAACGAUGGCGGUACGCAAGUAAAAGAGGAACUGUUAGGCAGAAAACAUGCAUAUGGCGGAGCUCGGGGAAAGACAGAGAGGCGGGUGAAAGACAAAGAACAAGACAUGGGUUUCAAAAAUGGCCGACUGUGCAUGUUCAAAAGGAUGCCCCGACAAGGCACUUUUGGUGACAAAAAACUGGAGGGUGAAUGUCAAACGAUAAUAUCACACAUGGAAAUACUAGAGGAAGAAGGAAAAUGGCAUAACUACGACCGGUUCUACAGAAGAGUCUGCAGCCACUUUGCAGAAAACCCUGACAUCCUCAUUCGGAUAGUUCUUGAAAAUAUCGUUGCUGCGUACUACCGGAAUGACCUGGCAGACGGACAACAGAGCAUACUGCGGGUACAGGAGUUGAUAUUCCAGACUCAGGACCCUCACCAUCACCAGGCGCACAUGCUCUACCUGAAGUCGGCACUGUUUCGCAAGGAGAAGAAGUACAAGGAAGCCGAGAAUGCCAUUGCCUUAGCACAACAGGGUUUGGACCAAUUGCAGGUAGGGCGUGACACGGGAGAGAUCUGGUAUAACGUCGCCGCCCUGUUCGCGCAAGUGCUAAACGAGGAGUGCACGGAUCUGGAGAUUUCUACAAGCGAUUUUCAGGACCAUGCCACAGAGGCCUUUCAGUACGCCAUACAACACUACAGACAGGGUGGGGAGGAGGACGAGUCGUGUAGGAACAAGCUACGCAGGGCGCACAUCCGCCAUGCCAUGUCUCUACUUGGGUGCUGGUCAGAGGUUCGAUCGGCGAACAGAUCGGACGAUGUGACCGAGGAUGACCUGAGACAAGCGGGGGACAGUUUAGACGAAGUGGAGAAAAACUUGUGGGACGGUAUCCCAAACCGCAUGCGCUACUAUUGGCAUCUGGCUCGGUCGGACCUGUUCAGGUACAGGAACAGGAGGCAGAGAGCACUGGAGAUGGCAGAGGAGGCGCUCGAGAUCGCGAAGUCUUCAAAGUUUCCGUCCGAAGUACAAUUUGCAGAAGGCCGCGUUGAGCUUCUGUCAAAGCUCAUUUCGAACAACAGUAAGGGCAGAAAAUCAGAUCCAAUGUUUGAAGAAACAUUUGGAGAUGAUGACAUUACCACUUACAAUUGCAACAAGAGGAACAUUGUGUUAGCUUUUAUAAGCAUAGCAGCACUUUGUCUCGCUGUCUGUGUACAGUAUCUCUUGUAUGAUCAACAAAUAUGACAAUCAGAGAUCUGUACUUGAAUAUACAUGUAUUCUGAUUUAGAAGAGACUUCUGAUGAAGACAGAGCCGAUGAGAAAGUUGAGACAGAGCACAGCAGAUAUGUUGAUAGAAAAUGAACAGCCCCAAAAAUUGUUCACUUGAGAUUUUAAAAUUUGGGUAUGCAAUUCAAUCACACCUGUAUUUUGUAACCACAGACCUUUCACUAUACUGUAAUAUCUAGAUUUCUGAAAUUACACAUUGUCUGUAUGAAAUAUUAUAUGAGUGUUUCUAUAUUACAUUGUAUAUAGAUGGAGUGCUAGUUUAUCUAUUGAUUUAGAAAUCCUUUGCUUCUUAGGUCAUGUUAUAUAUGAACUUAAAAUGGUUUCUCAUGAAACCAACAUAUUCCUGUAAUUACAUUGGUUGGGACUUGGGAGUGCAAAGGCAUUAAAACAGUGUGGCACAUUCUGA